AUGCUCAACUUAUCACUACAUGGGCCCGUCAGCCUCCCACUCCAGGCUGGUCCAUCGCCCGUCAUUCCUACAGCCCCAGACUAUGGCAUAUGCGAUCGACGGUAUGGAGAACACUUGACACCUCUGCUCUGCGGUUGGGCAGCAGAAACACUGAUUAAAGGCGAUUCGCUUGUCCCGUAUACUGUACGUGGUGGUGUCCCAGGCCCUCAAACUCUGCCAUACACUGCCAUAUUUGGGAACUGCAAGAUAUGGAUCGAAAUAGCAGGUCCGGCAACCCCACGAAUCUAUGAAGCUGUUCCGAAUGAGAUCCGAGAAAUGGCAGGAUGGGUCAUAGAACAGUGUGUCGGCGGCAAUGGAAGGGGCUAUGGUGGCUUCGCGACAAAGGAUAUCAGCGAACUUACUGCCUAUGUCACGGAGCCAGAUGCAAAUAUCGGCGGAAUGUAUCCAAUCUCGAGUGCAUUUCUAACCGUUACGGUGACGGGCGCUUGGGAUCAGUCAAUUAUGCCGCCUUCCCCAGGCAACUAUGACCCAUCGAUCGCACAGCAUCUUGCAGAUGUCGAAAUCGACGCGUGGCAUAAAGCAGCUCCUGGUAGUCCACUGCGUCAGGACUUUGCAUCUCGCCAGCAAUUCUUCACGAGGCAAUCCAUGCGUAUGCAAACAGGUGGAAGCAGUAUCACUUGGUGGGAUUCGAAUCCGCGGAUAGCAACCUCGGAGAAGUAA